AUGCAGUCCGGAAUAUCUGCUUCUCAGGAGCUUGUCACUCAGUUCAACAAGUUCUUGGGCGACUCAUCACAAUUCGGACUUCUCGUAACUAUCACCGGAGAGUCCCUGACUCCGUCAAUUACACUCCCGCGAUCCUCUCCAUCGAGCAGUUUCGAUGCCGACCUUCCGAAGCUAUCCUCUUACAUAAAACCCGAUGAACCCCUCUAUGUUAUUCUACGAAGAUAUGACACAGCUCCCUACCUAAUAGCUGUUACCUAUGUGCCCGACACGGCCAAGGUACGGCAAAAGAUGCUGUUCGCGGCGACACGGUUGACGUUGGUGCGUGAGUUGGGAUCCGAUCACUUCCGUGAGACAAUCUUCGCAACCAUGGCUGAAGAGCUGAGUGCCGAGGGGUUCAAAAAGCAUGACCGUCAUAAUCAACUUGAGGCACCCUUGACCGAAGAGGAGAGAACUUUGGGUGAGGUUAAGAGAGCUGAGGCCGAAGCUGGUGCCGGCACGGGUGUUCGUGAAAUCCAUCUCAGCAAAACUAUGAACAUGCCCGUCGCUACCGAUGCGUUGGUCGCCCUAAGCGCUCUUGGUCGUGAGGAGGGAACCGGACUGGUGAUGCUUAAAAUCAAUCCCGAGACCGAAGUCGUAGAGCUAUUCCAAGAUUCCUCCUCGCCUUCCACAAUCCCUGAACUCGUGAAGAGCAUUUCGACAACUGAACCCCGCUUCACUUUCUUCCGAUACAAAGCCACACCACCGAGCGGAGGGGAAGAGAAAAACGUCAUACUUUUCUUCUACACAUGUCCCGCCUCGGCAGGAACCAAGGCUAUUAAGUUCCGAAUGAUGUACCCGCUAAUGAAGCGUGCCGUACUUGAGGUGGCCACAAAAGAGGCAGGGCUCCAUAUCGAAAAGAAAUUUGAGCUUGAGGACCCGAGCGAAAUCACCGAACAGUCCGUUACGUCCGAGUUAUUCCCAGAGGCGGAGGUUAAGACGGCUUUCAGAAGACCUAAACGACCCGGCAGGUGA